GAUCUUUUGCUAACUCUUCAGAGCAAAUAUCUCAACACGUCUCUCAGCUUCGCCUUUCUCCGCCGCCACCGUCGUCGUGACUAGAACCGGUAUGCUAUAUAUAUUAGUAAUCAUGGUGAACCAACAAACCACCGAGCCCUAGUUCUUCCCACUGCCUCGCACGAUCGUGUAAAAGGAGUUUGUUUCGCCAGAAAAAUCUGAUCUUUCUCUUGAGCAGUAAUACUGGAAGCUGUUGUUUUGAAUCGGCUCAACCUCAACCUUGGGUUUUGGAUCAAUAUUAGUAGCUAAGCUGGGAGCUUUGUGAGUCACGGAGCUAUGGUGUGGUGUAACCAUUGUGGGAAGAAUGUUCCCGGAAUACGACCCAACGAUGGUGGAUUGGCAUGUAACUUAUGUGGGAGGAUAUUGGAGAAUUUCAAUUUUUCUACUGAUGUUACAUUCGUAAAGAAUGCUGCUGGGCAGAGCCAAGCGUCAGGUAAUAUAGUAAGGAGUGUUCAGAGUGGGAUCUCAAGCUCACGUGAAAGGAGAAAUAGAAUAGCUAGAGAUGAGUUUAGGAAUUUGAGGGAUGCCUUGGGAAUUGGUGAUGAGAGAGAUGAUUUGAUUGACAUGGCUGCUCGAUUCUUUUCAAUGGCCGUUGAGCAAAAUUUCACUAAGGGCCGUAGGACAGAACUGGUACAGGCUUCUUGUCUUUACUUGACUUGCAGGGAAAAGAACAUUCCGUUUCUUCUUAUUGAUUUCUCAAGUUACCUACGAGUUAGCGUUUAUGAGUUAGGUUCUGUGUACUUGCAACUAUGUGAAAUGUUGUACAUUGCGAACGAUCAGAAUUAUGAAAAGCUUGUUGAUCCUUCGAUUUUCAUUCUUCGAUUUUCAAACAGCUUAUUGAAAGGAACACAUGAUAGAGCUGUUGUGACAACAGCUAUAAACAUUAUAGCUAGUAUGAAGAGAGAUUGGAUGCAGACCGGCCGGAAACCUAGUGGAAUAUGUGGAGCAGCACUUUACACAGCUGCUCUUUCUCAUGGUAUCAAGUGCUCUAAGUCAGAUAUUGUAAACAUUGUCCAUAUAUGUGAAGCAACGCUAACCAAACGACUGAUUGAGUUUGGCAAUACAGAGUCUGGAAAUUUAAAUAUUGAUGAGCUCACAGAGAGAGAAAAAGAGAUGCAGGAAAGAUUGUUUACCAUGAAACCAACAUCAAACAAAGAGGAUGUGCUCUGUAAGCAUCAGGAUUGUAAACCUUUUGGUUAUGGACUAUGUGAGGACUGUUACAAAGAUUUCAUAGUUGUUUCUGGUGGACUUGCUGGUGGGUCGGAUCCCCCUGCUUUCCAGCGCGCAGAGAAAGAGAGAAUGGACAAAGCAAACGAGGGAGGAAUUGGUAGCCUUAACCAUGAUGAACAUUCAGAGAAAGGACCAGACUAUUACAGUGGGAACAAAAGCAAAAAACAGUGUUCUGAGAAAAGUGAAAAAAAUAAAGAUGGGGCUGAAGAGAAUGCUGAUACAUCGGAUGAAUCAGGCAACUUUUCUGACAUCGAUGAUGAAGAGGUAAAUGGCUAUAUUAACAACGAGGAUGAAAAGCAUUAUAAGAAGAUCGUAUGGGAAGAAAUGAACAAAGUUUAUAUUGAGGAGCAAGCGGCCAAGGAAGCAGCUCUUAAGGCUGCUAGUGAAGCUUUAAAAGCAAGCAACUCUAAUUGCCCGGAACAUGCAAGAAAGCUUUACGAAGCUACUAUAGCUUCUAAGAAGCAAAGUAGAAAGGAGAAGCAGCAGAAAAAAGCUGAGGAAGAAAAGAACGCGGCUCCCCCAGCCACAGCCAUGGAAGCUGUUCGCCGAACGCUUGUUAAAAAGAGACUUACAACGGUAAUCAACUACGACGUCUUGGAAGAACUCUUUGACACAUCGGCAGGAGAGAAUCUACCCAAGAAGUCGAAAACCGAGGCAGGCAUGGAGAAGGAGAAGAAGGAAGAGAAGAGCAAUGAGCCUGAGAUUGGUGAAAAUGAGGAUGAAGCUGAAGAGGGUGAAGAAGGCUAUGUAGAAUCAUACGACAUGAACACAAAUUUUCAAAACGGGGAGAAACUAUAUGAAGAGGAAGAGGAAGAGGAAGAGGAUGGUUAUGAUUUUGAAUUGUAUUGAUCUCAUCUCUUGUGAUUGUAAACCAAACUAUUCGGUCUUUUAGUCGCCGGACAAACUGAUUUUGCGUGCAGUAAUAUACGAGAACCCCCAACAAACUUAUGGUUUUAUACUUUUAUAUCAUAGUAUCUUUGUCUC